AUGGCCUCUCGUGUCCUGGUCUCUGGUCUUCCCCGGUCGCUCCCUCCCCUCCCCCCGGGGCCUGCCCCUACCUGUGUCCCCUGCGUCGAGGGGCGACAGCGCGCCGCUCCUCACUCCUCCGAGUUUCCGCCGACAGAGGCUCCGCUGCAGACUCUUCACAUGGACGUGUGGGGCCCAGCCCGCGUCCGUGGACAGGGUCAUGAGCGUUACUUCCUGCUGGUGGUUGACGACUACUCGCGUUACACCACAGUCUUCCCCUUGCGCCGCAAGGAUGAGGUCACUGAGGUGUUGAUCGACUGGAUCCGCGCUGCUCGUCUCCAGCUCAGGAAGAGUUUCGGCUCUGACUUUCCUGUUUUGCGUCUGCACUCCGACAGAGGUGGGGAGUUUUCCUCCGGCCCUCUGCGAGCCUUCUGUCGUGCGAGGGGCAUCCGCCAGACGUUCAUGCUUCCGGCCUCUCCACAGCAAAAUGGGAUUGCUGAGCGCCGCAUUGGCAUGGUCAUGGACGUCGCUCGUACGUCCAUGAUCCAUGCGGCUGCUCCCCAUUUUCUGUGGCCGUUUGCGGUUCAGUACGCGGCGCGUCAGAUCAACCUUCAGCCCCGGGUCUCCAUGCCGGGGACCUCCCCCACUCUGCUGUGGACGGGGAAGGUUGGCGAUGCGUCUGCGUUCCGUGUCUGGGGAUCUCGGGCUUUUGUCCGAGACUUGUCUGCGGACAAGAUGUCCUCCCGUGCUGUUCCCUGCGUCUUCCUUGGCUUCCCCCCUGACGCGCCUGGUUGGCAGUUUUACCACCCCACCUCGCGCCGUGUUCUGUCCUCCCAGGACGUCACGUUUGACGAGUCGGUUCCGUACUACCGUCUCUUCCCCUACCGCACUGCCCCGCUCCCCCCCCCGCCGCUCUUCCUUACGCCAGGUCCCCCUCCGGUAGACCCCCUCCCCCCUCAGGGUCCUGCUCCUUCAGGUGUGUCUCAGGUAGACCCCCCCCCCUUGGCUGAGCCUUUGGAGGUCACUUCCGACACCUCUGGCCCACCCGAGGGGGGUGACGCUGCUGCUGGCGCCCCGUCGGCCUACCGCCGUGCACCACGCUUGGAGACCCCUCCGGGGUUCCCCCCGCGACCUUCUUCACCGCCUCUGCAGCCGGUUACUGUUGACUCUGGUGCUGCUGGGGGUGGUGCUCCUGGAGGUGCUGCGUCUGGGGGUGCGGAGUCUGGGGGUGCUGAGCCAGCGCGUGAGGAGACUGGACGUUCUGCGCCUGGGGGUGCUGUGUCUGUGGGUGCUGAGCGUGUGUGUGCGGAGUCUGGGGGUGCUGAGUCUGGAGGUGAGACGCUUGAGGGCACUGGGACUGCUGGUGCGCGGCCUACUUGGAGUGGCCGCCUUCGUCCGCGUGUGCCUCUCACCACUCAGCAGCUGCACGACUGGUACGGUCGCCGUCAGCGUCGCGCUGCUGGAGCCCGGGACUCUGCUGCUCGAGGUACUGGAGCUGCUGGGGCUGGGGGUGCUGCGUCUGGGGGUGCUGCUGCGGGAGACGUUGCAGUUGGAGGCCCUGGGACUGGAGGUGCUGGUUCUGGGGGUGCUGCUGCGGGAGACGCUGCGGCUGGAGACCCUGGGACUGGAGGUGCUGGUUCUGGGGGUGCUGCUGCGGGAGACACUGCGGUUGGAGACCCUGGGACUGCAGGUGCCGGUUCUGGGGGUGCGGCUGCUGGUGACGCUGGUUCUGGAGCUGCUGGCGCUGGAGGUACCGGUUCUGAGGCUGGAGCUUCUGGAGCUGCUGGAGGCGCUGGCGCUGCUGGAGGUGCUGGCGCUGCUGGAGCUGCUGGAGCUGCCGGAGCUGACAGGUAG